AUGGAAUAUUUUAUCGAUCAAGAAAAAUACUUUUAUUUAAUUUUGUUGCACAUCUACGCAAUUAUAUGCAUCGGAGCAGUUGCGAUAUUAGCAACAGGAACAAUGUUUCUUACAUAUUUUCAGCAUGUCUGUGGAAUGUUUAGAAUUGCUAGCUAUCGUAUCGAGCAUGCAAUGAACAUCAAUAUUCGACAAAAUAUUACGCAGAAAACUAAGAUUCUGAUGAGCGAAGGCAUAAUUUGUGCUGUCGAUAUUCACCGACAAGCUAUGAAAUUGACCAAACAUUUGGUGUCUAUAGUCGAGGUAAUGAUGUUUUGUUUAACAGUAUCUGCCGUAGCUUGCUUAACUCUAAAUUUGUUUCAAGUAAGUUUCUGUCUCGUAUUGUAA